AUGUAUUGUGAGAUAUACUACUAUUUAAACACAGGUGCUUCUAAUAAGCAAGGUCUCAUAAGUGACUGCAUAUGCAGGUUUCAUUGUAUUUCAGCUGGAAACAUCACUUUUAGUCAGCAUCUCCCUGUGUAUAUAUAUUUAAGGGUUAGAGUUAGGGUUAGUGUCUUGAAUCAAAGCCUCUGUAGUGAUGCCGUCUUUCUCAACCUAUGUGUACAUGGUAUAAAUUUAGUUUUAGAAGAUGAUGAUGUAGCAGUCCUUGAUCUCAUAUCGCGGACUGGUGGAGACUUGACGCAAGGAAGAGGAGUUUCUGGCUCAGUAGCAAGAGAGCCUAAUGUAGAGAGCUAUACCAGGGAUGAACUCCACAAAAUGUUCCCAGUAACAACAGCAUCCUCAAGACACAAGUCAGAUACCAGGAAUCCUGUGGAAGCUCCUGAUGUCAGACCACACAAGGACAGAGCUUAUGUUCAUUUCGCUGAUGACAACAUCAGAACAAGUGACGACCCAAAUCUGAAAUAUGCAGAUGAAACAAGUGCUUAUACAACAAUCUCCACUCGAGGACACUUUACACCCAACCCCAGGACAACAAAUCAUAAUACAUCACCUAGACAACUACACAACUCAUUGACACCCAGUGAUAAUAUUUGGUCACGUGACCAUAGACACAUGCAAGAAGAGCCUAGCUCUGAGAUAUCUGUCAGGUGUGACACUCGUGGGAUGCAAGAAAGAGUACAGGACUCACAUGUGCCAUUAUCUGCAAGGUCAUAUGAACUGUCACCUUCUAGAAAAAGACAGUCUUCUCCAAAGCAAUCACAAAGACCUCUUGCCGACAAGAUAGGUAGAGGAGAUGAAAUUCACACCACAAGGGAAACUCCAACACAUGAUCCCUAUGCUAACCCUACUAAAGUAGUAACUGCUGAUGGCUUAGACCAAGGCUCAGGACUUUUAAACAAACUUCUUGACUUAGUAGACAAUAGACAACUACACAACUCAUUGACACCCAGUGAUAAUAUUUGGUCACGUGACCAUAGACACAUGCAAGAAGAGCCUAGCUCUGAGAUAUCUGUCAGGUGUGACACUCGUGGGAUGCAAGAAAGAGUACAGGACUCACAUGUGCCAUUAUCUGCAAGGUCAUAUGAACUGUCACCUUCUAGAAAAAGACAGUCUUCUCCAAAGCAAUCACAAAGACCUCUUGCCGACAAGAUAGGUAGAGGAGAUGAAAUUCACACCACAAGGGAAACUCCAACACAUGAUCCCUAUGCUAACCCUACUAAAGUAGUAACUGCUGAUGGCUUAGACCAAGGCUCAGGACUUUUAAACAAACUUCUUGACUUAGUAGACAAGUAUUGGAAUGGAUCAAAAUCACUUCAUCGCCAUUCCAAGUUUCAAAACCUUGCUCAAAAACUUCUCUCUUCUCACUUACCUGCUGCCAUGGACAGCCUACAUGUAACACCAUCGCGUGACAGUAAUAAGCUACAAACAGAACUGGCUGAGAGAACUGCUGAAAUAUCAAGACUCCGUGAUCAAAUGUCACAACAACAAACUGAACUGGAACAAGUUCGUGGCAAAUUAAAAAGUCAUGAGGGCUUAAAGGAUUCACUGGAUGCAGCAUCCCAUGAGUUGGCAACUGUGCGGUCAAGACUGCUGGAAUUUCAGGAAGAAAAUAAUGCAUUGCAAUCUAAAAUAACAUCAUUGGAAGUUGCCUCACAUGGAGCCACAGAACAAGAGAAACUUAUAGGAGAACUUCAACACAGAAAUCUUUCACUCCAAGAACAAGUCAAAUCCCUCAACCAGCAAGUUCAACAACAAAAUGUCAAUUUACAGCAACUUCAAGAGCUCACAAACAUGCUGCAAGAAAGUCACAGAUCCUUAGUUUCCACCAAUGACCAUUUGCUACGAGAACUGGACGAGACAAGACAACGACAUCAGCAUGAAGUACACCAGAUGCACUGGAGCUAUGACAAUCUCAAAAAGACAAUAGACUGGCUACCCAACAGUGCAAACUAAAGCUGUUUACAAUAUUAGUGAUGUGUUAAUAUAGCCAACUGAGAAAACAGAAAUCUUUCUUGAGCAAACCCUCCUUGAGUGGAAACUUCUCUAUAAUAUUAUUGAGGGGGCAAGAAGUAAGGUGCCUUAAGAGACUCAGAGUGAUGUAGUGAUGUAUACAUGUACUAUUGUAUAAUGUUUUGGCACUCUGGCUAUGUGUUUUGAUAUACCUAUACCUUUCAUAUAAAGUCUAACUUUUAAUGAAAGUCUAAAUUAAUUAAUUAUAAUAAAAUGUGAUUGAAAUACAAAGCAAACACGUCUUGUUAUCUGAAAAUACAGUAAUUUAUUCAUUUAGGUUCAAAAACAAAGAUUUAUCAUAUGUAAGUAAUGAAUAAACAUCAAACACACUGUAAUAAAGUCACAUGUUGCUUUGUUGUAUAGUCAUUCUGGAUUUGGCUGAGUUAAUGAGUCUCUACAAUUCUUUUAUCUGUAUUUGAUGUCAUUGAUAUUGUCUGACCACUGGAUGUGUUGAUAUUUGCAGACUGAAGUAAUGGUGUAAAUUUAUUAACAGGGGUUAUCAUUCACAUGUGACCAUCAUAGCAGAAACUCUAGACAGCAGAUUGAAUUUUGAUGGAUGUCAAUUAUUUCUGCCUCUUGUUCUGUAUGCAUAAAAUCUCAAGAAUAUUCAAAUCCUGCCUUCAAAGCUUCAUUUCAUAGCCCCAAGUAACAUUUACCCCAUGUACUCUCAGGUGUUAAGUUUUGCUAACAUCUGAGUACAAAGCACAGUCAGUGUUAGCUCCAUAUACCAGUACAUGAAGUUCAAUAGUGUCAGUUCUUUGUUGUAGGCCUACCUCGAUACGUUACGAAAGGUGCUUUAGAGAGUAGUUUCUAAAAGUACUUCAGAGAGUUUUUCAUAAUUUAAGGAACGGGCUGAGAACCUAAACAAGCAUGUACCUGUACUGUAAGUUGUUUUCGAGAUAAUAAGGAGUUCUUAAAAUCCCAAACCAAACUUUGUACACUAAUAAACAUCCUGUGUAAAUAAAUUAUCCAAACAAGAUAAUUCAUGUGAGUUACAUAAAGUAUUCUUUGAUAUCUGACAAGGAUCAAAGGUUUAUCACAAAUAAUUAUUUUAUCAGGCUAUGUGCCAUUUCUACAUGCAGUCAGGAAUGCACAACUCCUAAUAACAAGGUCCUCAGUCUGAAAAGGUUUUUUAGGUCAAGCUCUUGUUUUCAGUAUCUGCUUGUUAUGAAUCAAAUUUAUUCGAGAGUAAAUUAAUUUAAUUCAAAACCUUUAAAAAAGGAAACUCCGCUACAAUUUAAGUUCUGUUUACUUUAUUCAUUUCAUGUAGAAAUUACAUUUACAAUGACUUCAAACAUCAAAAGCAUCUAACUAAAUCAGUUACAAACUGCUGAACAACUUACAAUUGUUUACAAUAUUAACUCUCUCAUAUUAGUACAUGUAGUUUAAGUGACUUAAACCAAUGCAGGACAACAAUCACUCAAUCACAGUUUGAGUCACUUCACC